AUGCCUAUCCCAAUAAUCGACUCGCAUAUACAUCUUUUCCCAGCAUCCCAUCUCCCAACACUGGCCUGGUACACCCCAGAUGGUCCCUUGAGCGCGCAGCACAGCGUGGACCAAUACCGACACGCAACAACCAGCAUCCCCGCCUCUGCGAAUUCCAGCAAAGAUAAGUCUCUAAGGGGAUUCAUAUUCUUGGAAACGGACCGCAUCUCCUCGAUCGAAGAAUCGGAAUCGGAAUCCUCAAAUACCCCGGGCUGGAAACACGCCCUCGACGAAGUGUCCUUCCUAUCGCGCAUCGCGCAAGGAAAGCCCGUCGACGGCGAAGGACACCAAGAUGCUGAUAAAGACCUCUGCGUUGGGAUUGUCCCCUGGGCCCCCGUACCCGGUGGGCCAAAUGCCUUGCGCGCGUACGUGGAGAAAGUCAAGGAGAGGGCGGAGACCGCAGAGGUCUGGCGCAAGGUGUGCGGCAUGAGAUAUUUGGUUCAGGAUAAGGCUGCCGGGGUCAUGCUUGAACAAGGAUUCAUCGAUGGACUUGGCUGGCUGGGAAAGCAGGGACUUGCUUUUGACUUAGGGGUUGACGCGAGACAAGGUGGGCUUGGUCAAUUGCGAGAGGCUAUUGAGAUGAUGGAGAAGGUAUCUAGUGCCGCGAAGGAAAGUAGUGAGACACCAGUAACUAUUGUGAUCAGUGAGUUUAUUCAGCUACAUGACCGGCUUUUUGAUGCUCAUAUUUUGGCAGAUCAUCUUUGCAAACCUAAUCUUCGGCUUGGGACUGAGGCUCUUACUACACACCCUGAGUAUGUGGAGUGGAAGGACUUGGUUACCCGUAUGGCCCAAGCGAGUCCAGUGAAUUAUAUGAAGCUUUCUGGCGCUUUCUCUGAGAUUUUACCCCUUUCGUCGGAAGAUGACGUCGACAUCAAUGGCCUGGCUAGUCAAAUUCAACCAUGGACUGAUGUUGUGUUCGACGCGUUCGGCCCUGAUCGUGUGAUGUUUGGCUCUGACUGGCCGGUGGCCAAUAUCGGGGGUGGCGGAAAUGAUGUCGCUUGGAACAGGUGGAUUAGGGUUGUUGAGACCAUUCUAGACCGGAGAGGGCUGACAGAAAAGGAGAAGGAGGGAGUUUGGGGACAAGUAGCAGUCAAGGCUUAUGGUAUUCAGCUAUAA